AUGGGGAAGACACAGACAACCAAAGCACCCUCAUCCCAGACGCCGAAGAAAGAUCACCUCAAGAAUCCCUCCCAUCCGUACACCUUUGAGCACCUCCACAACGCGUACAUCACCUCUCUGUCGCACGGCAGUAUGCCCCUCCCGUCCAAGAAGAGAAAGUCCGCAGUCGGCGACGACAGUAACCUCGACGUCUCCACCAAACGGGGGAAAGGCGCCUCGGGGACUACUUUUGUCCCAUCCUCAAAACCACAAACGGAUUCAGACGGGAAUACGUUCUGGGAGAUCUCCAAGGCGCGGCGGGUGACCCUUUCUGAAUUUAAAGGCAAACAACUGGUCAACAUCAGAGAGUAUUAUGAGAAGGACAACGAUUGGCUGCCAGGAAAGAAGGGCAUUUCAAUGAGCAUUGAGCAAUAUUCAGCUCUCAUCAAAAUUAUGCCUCAGAUCGAAAAUGUCCUUAAGUCACACGGCGAAAAGGUGCCUCGACCGAAUUACGACGGAAGUGCCCCUGCUGAUGACGACGACGAAAGCGACAAAGGGGGGGAUGGAGAUGAAGAAAUGGACAGAAAACCUAAUAUUGAAGCUACGAGUGACGAAGACGAGUGA